AUGGACUCUGGGGGUUUUUUUGUGUCUUUGUUGAGUGGUGCAGCUGCCGGUACGUCGACAGAUCUAGUAUUCUUCCCCAUUGAUACUUUAAAGACGAGAUUACAGGCUAAAGGUGGGUUUUUCGCUAAUGGCGGUUACCGUGGUGUUUAUAGAGGUUUGGGGAGUGCUGUUGUGGCAUCUGCUCCCGGUGCUUCGUUAUUCUUUGUGAGUUAUGAUUAUAUGAAAUCUACGUUGAAGCCCAAAUUUCAACGGUUACUGCCCAGUGCAUCAGACCAGUUCAUCGACACUACUGUGCAGAUGUGCUCUUCGACUAUUGGUGAGAUCUCAGCCUGUAUGGUUCGUGUGCCUUCCGAGGUGAUUAAGCAACGUACCCAGACGCAUGCCUCGCAUUCGUCGUGGCAGACCCUCAAGGUUAUACUCAGAAAUGAGAACGGCGAAGGGAUUCGUAAGAAUUUAUAUCGUGGCUGGUCUACGACAAUCAUGCGAGAGAUUCCUUUCACCUGUAUACAGUUCCCGCUGUACGAGUUCUUAAAGAAAAAAUGGGCCCAAUUCGAUGGCGUUGAGAAAGUGGCACCUUGGAGUGGUGCAGUGUGUGGUUCCAUUGCAGGUGGUAUUGCCGCUGCGGCAACAACUCCGCUGGAUGUGCUUAAGACUAGAUUAAUGUUGAGUGACAGAUCAGUACCUGUUUGGCAACUGGCCAAGGACAUUUAUAAGGAGGAAGGCUUCAAAGUCUUCCUCAACGGUAUUGGACCCCGAACCAUGUGGAUAAGUGCUGGAGGUGCGAUCUUCCUAGGUAUGUACGAAACUGUCCAUGCUUUGUUGACUUUUCGUGGUGAUAAACCCUUGUAA